UACAUCCUGUACAUCCACGCCCAGCUCCUGCACAGCCGUCUGCCCAGCUGGCUUGCCCUGCAGAACUCAGAUUGCACAGAGCUAGACUCAGGCACCGUGGGCCGCGAGCUCAGUGACAGGGGACCCGUGGCCUUCUUGGCCUGCCUCAGCCUUGCUGCAGGGCUGGCGCUCCUCGUCUACUGCUGCCUUCCAGACCCUAAGGUGCUGCCGGGGGCCCGGCGUGUCCUGGGCUUCUCCCCAGUCAUCGUCCACAGGCACAUCAGCUGCUUCCUGCUGGCCUUCCUCACAGAUGACCUGGGAGGGCUCUGAUGACCCCUGCCUGCCCACCACCUACCAAAGAAGUCCC